AUGUUCAGAAAAAGCAGAGGAAUCAUGACGGAUAAGAAGUUCCAAACCGAGAAGGUGAAGAGAUUCGCAUUCUUCGGAAUUGCAGUUUCGACUGUCUCGACUCUUACGGCUAUUGUUGCCGUUCCAAUGCUCUGUCUCUACCUUCAAUCGGUCUCAUCCUCCCUUCAGGAUGAGGUCAACUUCUGUCGUGUCCGCGCCACAUCCCUUGAGGGUGAGCUUGCCAAGCUUAAUGUUGUGCGCGCUCCAAGAAAGGCCCGCUCUGCUGAGGGAACUUGCUGUUCUUGCGGUGUUGGACAGGCUGGACCACCAGGACCACCAGGAUAUGAUGGAGAGCCAGGACAGGAUGGAGGAAAUGGACGUCCAGGAAAUCCAGGAGAGGACGCCGAUGGAGAGGACUACAUGCCAGAUCCAAGCCAGUUUUGCUUCGACUGCCCAGAAGCUCCAGCUGGACCACCAGGAACACCAGGACCAAACGGACCCGACGGAAACCCAGGACUUCCAGGACGCGACGGAGUUCCAGGACGCCCAGGAGCUCGUGGACCACCAGGACCACGUGGACCAGCCGGAAACCCAGGAGUCGACGGACCAGUCGGACCACCAGGACCACCAGGAGGCAGCACCGUUCAGCCAUCGCCAGCCGGAAACCCAGGAUCGCCAGGAGCCCCAGGAGCACCAGGACUUCCAGGAGCCGCUGGACGACCGGGACGCGACGGACAGCCAGGACAGCCAGGAGAACAAGGACCAAAUGGACCAGACGGAGCCCCAGGAAAGCCAGGAUCCGAUGGAGUCCCAGGAGCCCCAGGAAACGCCGGAAGCCGCGGAGGUUGCGAUCACUGCCCACCACCCAGAACCGCUCCAGGAUAUUAA